AUGCCGAGCUCGUGGCUGUUGGUGCUGGCGGUGCUGGGGGUGGCCUGCGCCCUCCCCGCCCCGGCGCCCCUCGCCUACACCCAGGCGCUGGUGCAGGCUGUGGAUUCCUACAACCAGAGCCCAGAGGUGCAGAACGCCUUCAGGCUGCUCAGCGCAGAGCCCGAGCCCGCCCCGGGCGUGGAGCUGAGCUCACUGCGGGGACUCAACUUCACCAUGAUGGAGACCGAGUGUGCCGCCAGCACUCGCAGCGACCUCGAGGACUGCGACUUCAAGGAGAACGGGGUCAUCAAGGAGUGCUCGGGGCCGGUGAAGAUCGUGCAGGGCUCCCCCGAGAUCGACCUGCGCUGCUCCGACGCCUCCUCCGACCCGGUUCUGAUCCAGCGCGGCCGCUUCGGGCGCUUCCUGGGCAAGAUCCGGCACUUCCGGCCCAAGGUCAAGUUCAAUAUUCACCUGAAGGGCUCCGUGGGCCUGGGCUGA